GUUUGACCUUUCAUCCACAAUUUUGCUACUUUUCCUAGAAAGUAGGUCCCACUGCAAUAUCAAAGCAGAAAGUGACUAAGUGUUGAUAACUGACUUUUUGCUUGAGAUAUUCUUCUCACAAUGGAACUAACCCCAGCACGGCUUAGUUACAUCGGUGAUAUCGGUUUCUGGGCAGACCAUACACCGGUGCAUGAUGCAGCCAGACAGGGCCAUGUUCUACAGCUUAAGCAGUUGAUUGAAAAUGGAGCCUGUGUGAACCUGUUUACUGUGGACUCCAUUACACCGUUACAUGAAGCAUGCCUGCACGGGCACACCCAGUGUGUAAAAAUGUUGCUGGCUGCAGGAGCACAGGUAGAUGCAAGGAAUAUUGAUGGUAGCACUCCACUAUGUGUUGCAUGUGCUUUUGGAAGUGUAGAGUGUGUGAAGCUGUUGCUAGCCCAUGGGGCGAAGGCUAAUCCUCCCCUUUUCGCUGUAUCUCCACUACAUGAAGCUUGCAUGAGUGGUAAAGCUGAGUGUGUCCGGAUUAUGAUAGCUGCAGGUGCUAACCUUGAAGCUCAUGACUGUCAUUUUGGAACCCCACUGCAUGUAGCCUGUGCUACAGAACACGUUGACUGUGCCAAACUGUUACUCAAUGCAGGAGCAAAUGUGAAUGCUGCAAAACUUCAUGAAACUGCAUUUCACCAUGCUGCCAAGGCGGGGAAUGUGAAUCUAGUGGAGCUCUUGAUGGAGUUUGGAGGGAACAUCUAUGCUAGUGACAACCGAGGAAAAAAGCCAUCUGACUACACCUGGCCCACCUCACCAACUGGAAAGUGUUUAGAGCAUUAUGAGAAGACACCCCUGUCCUUGUUACAGAUGAGUAGGAUCAGUGUACGAAAACUGUAUGGCCCGAGAGGACUGGAAAAAAUUGCAAAGUUGCAAAUUGCUCCAAGACUAAUUGAUUAUCUUUGCUACAAAUGAGUUUUGUGAAACAACCAGAACUUUCGUCCAGAAGUUAAUAACAUGUAGUGGCAGCAACUUUAGAUGCAUUAAAACCUGACAUAUGGUCAUUUUGUUUUUUGCAGAUUCUGCCCUGCAGAUGUGAAUACUGUGUAUUAACAUUAAACCUGUACAAUGCUGACUAAAGUGUAACAUAACAAAUCAA